CUCUCUCACUUGAAAGUCUCUAUCGGUGACUCUCUGCCCACUUUCCAACUUUCGUCGUCGUGAUGUUAUUUGCCUUUCCCUUCCCUUUCGUCAUCUCCAGUCCCCCAAAUCAAUUGAAGCUACGACAUCGACGAUGAUAAUCAUGACCUUCGCUAGAUGUUCCUCCAGUUUUGCAGCGAAAAUCGCUCAAUUAUCGAUAUUAUUGUUGCUCUUGAUCUCUACUUGUACUAGUUAUGUCUCUGCAAGUGGUGGAGUGAUCAACGUCAAUUACAAAUUCGCCGGCGUGGAACGCUCCCUCAGUGCCCUAACAGCUCACGACAGCCUCCGACACCUUCGGAUGCUCGCCGGCGUCGACCUUCCCCUUGGCGGAACUGGCCGCCCUGAUGCCGUCGGGCUUUACUAUGCGAAGAUUGGGAUUGGAACACCUGCAAGGGAUUACUAUGUUCAAGUAGAUACUGGAAGUGACAUAAUGUGGGUUAAUUGUAUCCAGUGCAAAGAAUGCCCCGAAAGAGGAUACCACGGUUUGGAACUUACACUAUACAACCCGAAGGACUCGCUUACUGGCAAAUUGGUUUCAUGUGAUCAACAAUUUUGUUUAGAUAUCCAUGGCAGUUCAGCUUCCAGCUGCAUGGCUAACCAAUCCUGUCUAUAUACUCAGUCAUAUGGAGAUGGAAGCUUUAGUAUUGGGUACUUUGUAAAGGAUGUUGUCCAAUAUGAUCGAGUAUCUGGAGAUCUCCAAACUAAAUCCGCAAAUGGAAGUGUCAUAUUUGGGUGUGGUGCUAGACAAUCCGGGGAUCUUAGUUCAUCUGAAGAAGCACUUGACGGGAUACUUGGCUUUGGAAAAUCAAAUUCAUCUAUGAUUUCACAGUUGGCUUCAUCUGGAAAAGUGAAAAAGAUGUUUGCACAUUGCUUAGAUGGUGUAAAUGGUGGUGGCAUCUUUGCAAUUGGGCAUGUUGUGCAGCCCAAAGUUAACACAACUCCGUUGGUACCAGACCAGCCACAUUACAAUGUCAAUAUGACGGCAGUUGAAGUUGGUCGUGAUAUUCUAAAUCUUCAAACAGAUGUAUUUGAGGUUGGAGACAAGAAAGGGACAAUAAUUGAUAGUGGUACAACCUUGGCUUAUCUUCCAGAGGUGAUUUAUGGGCCAUUAGUAAACAAGAUACUGUCUUGGCAGCCUGAUUUGAAAUUACACACUCUUCACGAACAGUAUACAUGCUUUCAAUACUCUGGGAGCGUUGAUGAUGGAUUCCCCAAUGUCACUCUCCAUUUUGAAAAUUCACUUGUUUUGAAGGUUUAUCCUCACGAUUAUCUAUUCCCCUUCGAUGGUUUAUGGUGUAUUGGUUGGCAAAACAGUGGGAUGCAAUCCAGGGACAGUAAGGACAUGAUCCUUUUGGGAGAUCUAGUACUCUCAAAUAAGCUAGUCUUGUAUGAUCUUGAGAAUCAGGUUAUUGGAUGGACUGAGUAUAACUGGCUUACAAGAAGAAAGCAGCAUCAAAGAGAAGAGGAGAAGAAAUAGAAAAAGGAAUAAUUUAUAUUUCUCAUUUCUAAAAGCAUUUUGUGCAUAAUAGAUUCUGUCGCAAAAACCAUCCUAAGUUGGAGAACCAAAAUCUACUAUGGCAAUCUGCCACAUAGCACAAAAUUGACCUACCCCGCUAUGCCUUAUAUGCAAUUUGCCUACUCUUUUUGUAUAAAGGAGUACAGAUGGAGCCUGCAGUUAGCUUAUCCCUGAUCAGGGAUUGUAAACUUCAAUAUGUUUGUUUUGGUGCUGGAUUAUCUUGUUGGGCAGUGACCUCAUUUAAAAAAGUCUUUUAAACCACAGUGGCUCAGAUAGUCUUUUUCUCGUGGCUCCAUACCCCUACAUCCGCAGUGAAUUUAUAACUGGUAUUGGCCAUUGCACUCUUUUUUUUGUUUUUCAAUAUAUCUAAAACUCUCAGACCUUUUAAUUAGCAGAGGAUUCAGCUCGGUCUAUAUCAGUUUAAGCCUUUACCCUUAGAUGACUAUAGUUGGAAAAAUAGUAGACCUCUUGUUGGAUAAGAUAUAAAACAUUUGAGAUACUGGUUCUAGAAGCAUGCACAACCUGUCUUGCAAAGCCCAGGGCAUAUUCUACAUGUCGGUGUCUGAGUGAAAGAUAAGUCUACCCAGUAGCCAAUAUCUUAAAAGAUGUUCUUCAUCAACAUGAGGCUAUGCCUCUUUAAGCAUCUCAUCAAUGGUUUUCUUCAAUGGUUGUAUCUGGUUCUCUUGCUCCAAACUUUUUUCUAUUAUUCAGGAACCCAUUAUAUAUACUUUCUAUGUGGAAUAUAAACUCACUUUUGUAAUAUUGUUACGUCUAGCCACAAUAAUGUCUAAUGAAGCAAGGUCAUAAAUAUUAAACUCCCUAAUGAGAAAUUAUUUCAACUGCACCAUCUCCUCGAGGUCACAUGUCAGUAGGACAAAGAUGUGUAAUAAUAAAUUUAAACCCCAUUAUUUGAAAGACUCCUCAAUUUAUGCAUAGCUCUGUACGCAGCUGGUCUACAUCCCUAUUAUUCGAGUAUGUAUUAGAAGAUGACUUACAAGAUUAUUUCUUUGCGGAGGAUGGAAUAAGUUCAUUAUCAGCCUACUAUGGUAUUUAUUUGCUCAAUACUCCAUUAGUAAUACAGAAAAAAUAUAUGGAUUUCCUUGAAUUGGGCUUAGAAGGAAGAAGAGGAGCUAGUUUUUGUUGACUACUUGACCAUGUGAUAGGAAGUCAGGUAUUAACCAUAUAGAUUUGUCUUUGUGCAAUUGUCAAAGAAACCAGAAACGGAGAUUGUACGGUCAUCCUGAAAAAUUAUGUGAUUGGAAAGACAACUUUAAUUAUGCUUAGACAUUCAGUUAUAUAUAUAUAUAUAGGUGUCCUUUUCAAUGUCAUGCGAAGAAAAAUUAGGUUUUUAUCAUGUUUAGGUGCAAGUGUUUACGUCAUAAUAUCAGCAACAUGAUAGUCCAUUACUGAUUUUUUUUCUUUUUUUUUCAUUGGCAAAAAACUCGCACACCCAUUACAUAGUCCAUUACUGUUUUUUCCAAUACCAUUUCUGUUCGUUGUUCACGUAGUACAUGUACAUAGCAUUUUUCUUGCAUUCUUCCCUCUUUUUCUUUUAAUGGAGGAAUUUGAAAGUACCAGUUUCUGUAUUACUGAUUUGCUAAUUUAUAGUUGAAGUAGUUAAGCUUUUCUAUAGUCUGGUUUCAGACAGAUGGAGUGGUAGAAUGAUGUCUAAAAUCAUAUCUGAUAUGUGUCAAAGUGAUUGAAUUUGUAAACAAAUCAUGGUCCAUUUUUUUAAACUUCAGAGUGUUCCACUUUGGAUCUGUUAAAUUUGCAAGAUGUAUAUACGUGACUUGGUGCUCGGGGUUUAAACUUCCAAUAUUUUGUAAACUGAUGCUACUUUAUAACGAUUGAAGUUUAAACCUGUUUUGAAUCUUUAAAAUUUUAGGCAUGGUUAAAGGAAUGUAAAUGUAAGAAAUCCUUAUAUUUUGUCACAGGCAACAUUUAGUUUUACUUUUGACUCGUUUAUUGUUGA